CAAGCUGCAUAUUUAUCAAGAAAGCUCCCUUUAUUGAAGUAUUCAAUAACCAAACUCCCCAAAUCUCCUGUUUAUAUUACCUCUCCUGUCAAAUACCGUUUACCACCGGCACCUAAAAUCAAAAUGUCAUACGAACUACCUUUCCAUAUCCAAGGAGAAAUCAUGAUGCGGCUUCCUGUCAAAUCACUGAUUCAGUUCAGAUCCGUCUCAAAAGCAUGGAAGUCUUUGAUCGACAGCUCAGAGUUUGUUGCUGCUCAGAGCGUCCUCGAUACUCAGCCACAUCAUCUGUUUGUAUGGUAUAAAGAUCCGAGAGGAGAAAUAAAAUACGUUUCUUUUCUCGAUGACGACUCUUUCCCUCAACAGAGGUUUGUUCCUACUCUUCCUCUGUCCGUUAAACUUCCAAGAAUAGUUGGUAGUUCUCAUGGCUUGUUGUGUUUGGAUGGUUAUCAUUGGGAUCCGGAGACUUCUGAAAUCAACUUUAAAAAGAGGUUGGCUGUUGUUUGUAAUCCUUCUAUCAGAAAAUCUAUUGCUUUUGUUGUACCUGAUAUCUUGUAUGCACGCCAAGAAAUCGUUCUUGCUUUUGGUGUUUGUCCUGUUACUAUCGAUCCUAAGAUCAUCCAGAUCACACAACUUCCUUCAUGGAUGGAUAAGAAAACCGAAAUUAGCAACCUUUGGAAAGUUGAGGUUUAUUCCUUUAGAUCGGGGAAAUGGAAAAGUCUUUCUACGAAUCUCCCAAGUAAUUCAAUACGAAUUAGACAACCCCAGGUAGUUAUCGAUAAGUUUAUCUAUUGGUGUUCUUCGUGUAUUGAUAGUGGAUUACGUACUCAUAAUCUGAUUAUGUCAUUUGAUAUGACUGAUGAGAGUUUCAAAGUGGUAGAUCUCCCCGAAUGUUUAGCUAGCCACCCUUUUGCACGGUUGUCUAUUUCUAAACUAGGGGAAUCUUUAGUCAUGCUUCAAUACAAUAUAAACACAGAGGAACAAGUUUGGUGUGAUGUAUGGAUAAUGGUGAAUGGUGCUCAAGUAUCGUUUACAAAGCUAUACACAAUUAAGGGUCAACGUGGGUCAAUAAAGGCGGUGGGUUUUAGGAAGAGUGGAGGACCGAUAAUGGAAGUGGAUGAUUAUCUUUCUGAGCCGACUCAACUUGUUGUUUAUGAGCCCAACUCAGGGCAUUGCGAUGAUCCGAUUAGAGGAUAUUCAUUCAACGUGAAUUCUUACAUGGAAACACUACUCAUGUUUGGUCGAUCUGAUUGUAGCAGUUACUAACAUAAAGUGGAAGAAGAAACGUUAAAAGUAUACGCAUUGAAAAAGGCAAGAAUUAAUACACCAUUUAUGUCAAAUAGUAUUCCCCAAGUUUGUUGAAUUUAUUAAAAAGUUAAAUGCAGCAUAUAUAAUUUGAUGUUGUGUUUAUUUAAUGCAUGUAAAAUUAAGGAAGUUGAAUCUCACAUUCUUAUGAACAUUGUGCGGUAAUAUCUUGUUGACAGUAUAUUGUAUGUGUUGUAAACCUGAAUUCCUCAACAGGUUGUCUUAAUGGGUCAAGGCUUGGAUCCUUGGUUCAAGUA